CUUGCCCGAGUCCGUCUUGUCAAAUGUUUGUGUAUUUUUAAUUUAACUUAUCGGCCAGUUAUAGUGAUUUUUAAUGGUAGUUUUAUGGUGCAGUGAUAUAUCGCUUCUAUGAGGUAAUCGAUUUUGGCUUUUUCGAUUGUCCGAAUUGAUGAAUAAUAGAGAAAAUUGAAAGAAAGUGUGUGUUGGGUGAUUCGUUUGUGCUCGUUCAUAACGGAGACCGGCAGCCAUGUUGUAAAGAAAAACGGGGCAUCAUGGGUUAACGAGCGACAAUUUUCACAGAUAUUUUGGAAAUUGCUGAAUUUUAAUAGAGAAAUCCGGAGUAUUUUUUGCAUCUAGAGAGUGUAGUGUGAGUGCAGCUGCCUGCCGCUCGCGAUGUAUCUAUCGUCUGCGCACCGAGUGAGUGCAACGUCGUCUCGAUAGUUAGCGCAGGGAGUCGACUGGACUGGACUGACUGCCUGGUUUAACGAACGACUGUAAUAAGAAAAAAUGCGAGCCCGAGCAUCCCCAAAUUGUGGGAGGUGAACCGACCUGAACCUGAGGAGAAGAUUCCGGGGUGUCCUACACUAUCAACAAAAUAAUAACAGAGUCGCGCCGGAUAUGUAAUUGUUGCCCCGUUUGCCAGUGAGUGAUCCGCGAUGGCCGAAAUCCUCGGAAAAGACGAGGCCACGUACUCGAAAGAAAAAGAGUGCUUCCUGAAGGAAUUGCGGCAUUUCCACGAGACCAGAGGGACGCCGUUCAAAAGGUGCCCUACCCUGGGUGGUAGAGAAAUCGACCUCUACCUUCUCUAUACUUUGGUCACAACUGAGGGAGGAUGGAUAAAAGUCAACUCCAAGAAUUGUUGGGACAGUUUCCUGCAAUACCUCAAGUUGCCAUCUCUUUGCGUGAAUGGUUCUGUAGCUCUGAAACAAAUUUAUUUGAGGUAUUUGGACCGUUGGGAAAAAGUGCACUUUCUCGGCGAGGAUGGAGACCGAGGCAGCGACGACGACGAGGAAAGCAGGCAUAAGCGCUGGUCCGCACGGGCGCUGCACUCUGUGCCUCACGCUUACAUUUACUCGCAGCAUAAUGUUUCAGACGACAAACGUGAAGUACACCGUUUGGACCAAAAUCUGUACAAAGCGUCCGAUUACGAUAGACUGGCUCUCUCGUUGAUAUCGUCGUUGCCCAACGAACAAGAUUUCGCGAUUAACGUGUGCACUUUACUCUCGAACGAUAACAGACACACUAUAAAGUUGGAUAAACAUCCGAGAGUGAUCAAUUUUUUGUUGGCGCACGCGGGAAUUUUUAAUCAUAGCUCUCUUAGACAACUUUUUGUAUAUACUUAUAACGAAGUGAGGAAAAAGCCGAUACAUAAUUUUUGGAAUGACGUGCUCGAAUCAGAUGAAUUUUUGGAUCUCACAAACGAAGCUAACUUUUCUGGGAAAAUUAAUGAAGAAAAAGCCUGUGAUACGUUGAUAAAAGAUGAUUUUUUAAAAUAUGCCGGUCUUGACUCUACAACAGAAAGCACGUCAAAGAAUAACGCAAGUGAAAACGAUUGUGAAUGUGAAAUAAUAGAAGAUAGUUUAAAGCCGCCAAAGUAUUUUAGUUUUAAAUCUGACACAGCCGAUAAAGAAUUGUUUUGUUUAAGACGAACUUUGGGCACCCAAGAUUAUAUGGGCCAACGAGUAUUACAAAUAGCCACCAUUUUACGAAAUAUGUGUUUCAUGGAAGACAAUUUGUCUGUUUUAUCAAACAAUACGUCUUUUAUUAGGUUUUUAUUAUUAUGUUCGUGUUCGCAGUGGAGUGCAUUGAAAAAUUUAGGCCUGGAUAUGUUAGGGAACAUAGCUACUGAAUACGAAUUGAAAGACACUAGCACUGAUUUAAUUGCCGCCUCAUUUUUAAAACUAAUUAGUAAGAAUUUGCAAAGUGAUGAUCGUGCAUCUUGUCUCUCAUCUGUUGAAGUAUUAAACAAAUUAAGCCAAAAUGACAAAAACGAAGACGUGCUUAUUCGUUCUUUGGAAUCCAGUGUAUAUAAAAGAGUCUGCUCGUUCCUUACAAUUCACGAUGUCAUGUUGUUAAUUUACACAUUAGAAUGUCUAUAUUCGUUGUCAUCUUUAGGCGAAAGGUCGUGUAACUUUAUUGCUAGCAAUCAUGGCGUUAUUGAUACUUUAGUAUCACUGGUAACUGUAGAAGGAAAAAGUUAUGGACCAAAAGCUUGUAUCGGUAUGAAAUUAGUUGAAACAAUUCCUGCUGGAACGCAGACACAGCAAGCUACUCCUCAGCAUACUUCACCAACCCCAGCAGCAACUACUAAUACCCCUACCACUGUAGAUAGUACUCCAGUACUCACUUCAAUGACUAAUUCACCACCUGCACCCAGUGUCACUCCAGUGAAAGUAAUGAACAAUAACCAAAACACUCCUGCUAGAAAUGUAUCAAUUGCUCCACAAAGGAUUUUGAAUACUACUUUAGCUCCAGCUAAAGUUGAACCAAUUAUAGCAAAACCAGCAGUGACCAAAAUCGCUCCAGCAGUGACUCCGCCUGCAGCAUCGUCAUCGUUGACUCCGCAGCAGCUGAUUCAGCAGCAACACGCCCACCAGCAGACCGUCCAGGAAAACGAACAGUUUGCUUUGGCUUGGCUGAGAGCCACUUACGAACCCAUUACUGCUGCGAAUAAUAAGUCUAGGAUUGAUCAUCAGGAAUUGUACAAGCAUUACAUCAGUUCUUGUCAGAAAAUUGGACGAAGGGGUGUGAUUUCUCCUUUACAUUUUCCAAGAUGUGUCAGGUCAGUAUUCGGUGGAACAGUAGGCCCGAACCCGAUGAAACCGGCCAAUCCGAGCGAUCCGCAGUACUACGAUGGUAUCAAGGUGCGCUCCCAACCACUUAAACUCAAUAUCCCGCCUCCUCUAUCACCCAAGCCCGUUCCUAGCGUCACCGCUGCCCCUCCUCCUCAGACCAAACCAACGUCUUUGGCAACGGUAAGGCGAAAACCUAAAGUAGCGCCAGUGGUGCAAACCAGUACUACUGCGCCUUUGGUUGUCGAACCGGAACCCGAGACUGAUGUUUUAUCUCCCAUCUCUCCUAUUUUGAAGGCUCAGCUGAGCGCUCCGCCAAAACCACGAGAGACCACCAAUGACCCUAAAAGUCAGGCGAUAGCCCACCCUCACUUGAGCAACGCGCUACUAGGUAGCAGCGCCUCGACUACUGGGACUACGUCAUCGGUUAAAGUGGUCGAAAUCAAGCAAGAGCAUCACCUCGGACAGAGUAAUAGCAGUUCCCUUAUUAAAAGCCUAUUGGCAACAAAGGUAAACGAUGCAUGCUUGCCAGCAGUGAGCAUGAAGAGUACUACUACUACUACUACUACCACAGACUGCCAAAAUGUAGCCCAGGUUGCUGCACGUCAACAAAGACUACUAAAUCAACAAACCCCUUCAGAUCCUCCCCCAAAAGACCAAAACCGACUCAACGUCUUAAAAAUGCACAGAAUCAACGGAGUGCGGCAACUAUUUAACGACACAGAAACUGGAGAUCCUUCAGUAUCAUCAACAACUCAUUUCAGUACAAUAAAAGGCAAAAAGGAGCCGCCCCAGCCUCCACCUCCGCCACUGGCCCCACUAAGCAACAACGUAAAACCCAACACAAUAAUAAAUGAGGACAGUGACUCUUUAGGACAUCAUUCUUUAAGUGUUGGGGCUAUGGGCAUAGUUUCAUCGACUGAAGACAAUGAAAACUCCUUGACUAGUUUCGAAGGAUUACUGAACGGCAUGCCUAUAGUAGAAGAAACCUUAAAUGACAGCAGCAAUUCCAAAGAUUCUAUAAAAAAUCCAGGCAGCGAAAUCAGCAUGGAUAAACCUCUAAGACUAGCUGAUUUGUUGGAGAAAAAAUUCGAAAAAACCCCAAACCUAUUAAAUGGAACAUUAAUCAAGGAUCUGAAACUAGAAAAAUCAGAUUUAUUAAUUGAAAAUCAUAUUGAAAAAGCUUUAAAAAGAGACCACAGUACUUUUAUAAUUAAAACAGAAGAAAUUGAAAUAGAAGAACCAAAAUUACAAGCACCCAUUGUGGAUAAUAAACAAGGCCUCAAACGGCCAUCUAUGGACAUAAUAAGCAAUGUUGACGCAAAAAAACCGCAUUUAUUGACAAUGAAUGGCAAUGAAGUCAUCGACUCGUCCAGUUCAAACGAAGAGGAACGGCCUAGUACGGUGUCUACAGCGGCAGCUAAACUGUUUGCCGAUUUUGCAGCUGAUAUUUUGGAAGACGAAGACGAGGAGGAGUUGAUGCAAGAGGCUCCGCCUGCUCAGCCUGCAGUGGUUGAAACUCCAAUCGCUCCUCAGCAGUUGAUUGUUGACAAUAAUCAGCCAGUUAUGUUGUCGCAAUCGAGGCAAAUUAUCGUUUCGCAACCGCAAAUGCACACGUCCACUCAAUCCGUUGUCAUUUCUUCAGGAACCCCAAUUAAAACAGCAUCUGGUCAAACGGUUAUAGUACAAAAUGCCGGAGUGCAACAAAGGCAGUCGGUACUUAUUCAACCUAAUGCUGCUGGACAAAUUGUAUUGUCGCAAGGGCUUCAGGGGCAAAUGCAACUGGUUCAGAGUGGACAGGGUGGACAGUAUGUCAUUGCUAAUUCAUCUCAAGGUUAUAUGGUGGCCCAACCUCAAACGGCAGUCGUUCACGGCCAACCCCAAACCGUCCUGGUGACCCAGCAAGGACAAUCGGUCGGCUCGAAAACAAUCAUAAUACUGCAGCAACAAUCGGCCGGUUCAGCGGCGCACCACCAAAAAAUGGUCGUCACGCCUCAGGGCCAGCAAAUGGUCGUCACCCAAGUUCCUAGGCCUGCGGCUCAAUCCUCAAGCGUUUCGAAUAAUGUACAACAAAUGAAAAGCAUUAGACCGAGUCCUACACCGUCGCCCGCUCUUAGUACAGCUUCAUCUUCUUCGUCACUAAGUAAUGGGAUUAAAGUUGAAAAACAUGAUGAAGUUGUGCCUAAAGUUAAAAUUAUAAGAGACCUUACUACUUCGUUUGUUUGCGAAUGGGGCGAUUGUUUAGUUGAAACAAAAUUCAAAUCUGCCAAUCAAGUGUACAUGCACGCCUGCGAAGUUCAUUGUCCCAAAGAUGAUGAGGCAGUCAUUUGCCAAUGGGACAGAUGUGAUGCUUUGAAGCGCAAACGGUUUUCUCUAAUGACACAUUUGCAUGAUAAACAUUGUAAUGUAGAGGCAAUGAAAGCUAGUUUGGUACGACGCAAGAAAAUAUCCCAAGGAAUUAAUGUGGAACCUCCUCCGCCAUCUCCUACGACCCACCCUGGGUACGCCCCUGACGCUGCCCUACACGCCAUCAAAAGACACGCAUUGGAUUUUGUUAAUCCUAAAGAAUUGCAGGACGACAAUGAAGGGCCCGUAACAAAAAGUAUCAGAUUGACGGCGUCGUUGAUUCUACGGAAUUUGGCUAUUUACAGUAGCAAUUCGAAAAGGUACUUAAAGUCGUACGAGUCCCACUUAGCAAAUAUCGCCUUAAGUAACGUAGAAUCUUCAAGAACAAUAGCACAAAUACUGUACGACAUCAACGACGGAACUACCCACCAUAGGUGACCUGUUUGUCCAAGUGAAAAGAGUGUGAAUGUGAACAACUGUGUAUAGUAGUUAAGUUGUAAAUUAUUUAAUUGAAUUGUACAAAAAUGUUAAUUGUAGUAAGGUUAAGAGCCUGUUGUUAUUUUUAUAUAUAAUUUACUAGGGUGACGAUUGAAACAAAAAAAAAAGGCUUCUAAAUUGUUAGGACCCUUUUUAGUCUUAAAUAAACACUAAAACUGUUUUUUUUUUUUUUAGUUCUGUGCAAUUUAUUUUUGAACGUGUAAAUAAUUUUGUAUUUUUUAAUGUGAUAGGAACACAUUAUUCAUUUUAUCAGUAUUAUUGUUCAUUUGAACUACUUCUUGGAGGUAGUGGAUAAUUCAACAGGUCACAAAACUGAAUCUCGACUGAUGAAAGUUAUAACGAGGCACACUUGAGGUGUGCCAGCAUAUCUUCCUUCUUAACCAAGCCUGUACAAUUGUCAAUGAAAAUAAACUGCAUUUAAUGUGUGUCUAUUUUUUAAAUUUUGAGUAUUUGUUUGUUUUAUUAAAUUAAUGCAAUCUUUAUGAUUUGUGA